AUGGGGACUGGAAGCGUGACCGAGCCCCAUCACACACCUUAUCUCUUCGACCCGGAUGCACAGCCGUCGACGAAUCCGGUGCUGUGCGAGGUUCUGUCCCACCUCCCCGCCACCUCGGCGGCUUUUGGGUAUGGUUCCGGCGUCUUCCAUCAGCCGGGCCUGUACUCCCCAGGCCUCACCAAACCCAUGCUAGACUUCAUACUGGCUGUUCCAGACCCUGUGGAAUGGCACGCCCGCAACCUGGCCCGGAAUCGCGGGCACUACUCCUGCAUAGGGAGCCUGGGCGCCAGCACGGCAAGUCUGGCCGAGGCGGCAGAGGGGCUGGGCGCGGGCGUCUACUUCAACACCCUGGUCCCCAUCGGCGACCAGCUGGUCAAAUAUGGCGUGAUCCGCGAGUCGGAGCUGGAGCGCGACCUGACCCAGUGGAACAGCCUCUACUGCGCCGGUCGCCUGCAGAAGCCGCCCGACCUGCUGCAUGCACUGUGCGCGCUGAGCUACCGCGGCGACGUGCGCAUGGGCUGGGCCGAGGACGGGGCCAAGCUGGAGCGCCUUGUGGCGGGGCAGGGGCCGGCGCUGGGCAGGCUGUACGCGCCGGCGCUGCGGCGAGCCAUAGAAGAGGAGGGCACGCUGCGUGCGCUGGGCCCUGGGGUCUGGACCAGCGAGCGGUGCGAGCCCCUGGGCGCCCGCCACCUCCAGGCCCUGCCAGAGGCACUCCUGCAGCGCCUGCAGGCGGCGGCGGCAGGCCACCCCAGCCCGCAAGAAACUGCGGCCCAGCUGGCGAGGCAGCUGGAAUCCGCCCCUCACCUUGCCAGGCACAGCGUGCAGAGCGCCCUGGCCAGCAUCGUGCGGGCCUCCAGCCUCCGCCAGACAGCCCUUGGCCUCUUGAGCGGGGGGGUCGUCAAGUCGGCGCGGUAUGGACUGGCCAAAGUCAGCAAGGCAUGGGCCAGACGGCAGGCCCUGUGA